AUAAGCGAAUACUAAAGCUGUCGGGACGCCGUCAUUCAUAUGAAUGUUAAGUCUUUCCCAUGACAUUCUCAACAGCGCCUGCCCUAUUAUUUGGUCUGGGCGUACGCAUUGUUCUCAACAAGUUCUCGAGCACUGCUGAUGCCAGUGCUGACGAGGCUGUCAUCAGCGAUGUCAUCCUUCUCGGCGUCGUCCAAGGCGUCGCACUAUAUUAUACUUUAAUGGAAUAUUCUGAUCUCGCGUUCGUCGUUGCAUUCGGCAUCGCUGUCAAACUCGUCAUCGAGUUUAUGAUGCUCCACGACGUCUCCAGGUGCGCGACCACCUUACUCGGUGUCGCCCUUGGCGUCCUAGUCACCGACAUCCUAUCGCAACUCAUCGAGGACGGAUACUUUUAUGACUUUCACGGAGACUCUGUUCACGACAAAGAGAGCACAUAUACCUCAAAACGAAAGCGUCUCGUCAAAUUCCAGUCUAGCACAGAAUACCAAAUGAUACCCCCCAGUCGACCACCGCGCUCCCGCAAAACCGAACCAAGUCAACGAUGGCGCGCACCACCUUCGCUGACAUCCACUUCUAGCAUCGAUCCCAACCACACCAUGAGCCCGCCUGAACGGGAGUUGGCGAUGCUACGCGCAAAGGCGUCGUUAGCGGAUAGUGAGCGGAGGCGGUUCAAGGAGGAAAAGAAGUGGGCUGAGUCGCAGGGGAACUUUGCGCGGGUAUCUCAGAUGAGUUGGCAAGUGAAACGAUACACUGCUCUCACGCAGAGUUUCACUCGGGAAGCGGAUGCAAAAUUCCUUGAAGUGACUGCGAUGAAACAACAACUGCAGCUGCAGCCUGCCGCUGUUGACGCAAUUGCUCCACAACCCUCAAACAGACAUCAGGUCGAUCGGCAUACAAAUCAUUCUCGACAAACAACCCAGGAAGUUGUGAUUGAUAGGCAAUCCACGGUUACAGUAGAUGUUCCAAGGAGGCAUCGGAGGCAGAGUUCUGGGACCUUGAAGUCCGCAAUGCGUCUUCAAGUACGAUAAUGACAUGACGAGUGCGAGUACGAGUAAGUAAGAUACUCCUUCUUAGAUGCUAGACCUGACGUUGUAAGGAGAUCACAUUACGAUCCUGCAACCAUCACCGCCUAUUUACUUGAGGGCUUUUCUAGGACUUCUUUGUAUCAUUAGAUCUGUUCUUUUUUGGCAUAGUGCAGAGCCGUCUCAGAAAAUCAAAUGUCCUCUUGGUCGGAGAUGUAGUUGCAAUUUGGUUGCAAUUCCAAUUUGUCUGCAUUUAAGUAACAUGUA